ACUCGUCUGCAUCUUAAGCAUCACUCGCACCCGCCGACACUCGCAAACACACACGUGUCUGCUUCAUUUUGAGCGACGGUUCAGACGAAGAGCAGACGGUAGCGAUGAGGUCUCUGUUGAAGCUGGUUGUGAUUCUGUUUUGCGUCCAGAGAGUAGAGAGCCACUGGCUGAGAUCACUGAUUGGUCAGAAACAAGAAACGGCAUCUCCACACACGUCACCAAAGGAUGACAAGGGAAACAGAGAUCCAGCAGCAGAAGAUGGCCCAACAGAAGCUUCCAGAGUUGGGCCAUCACUCAAGCCAAUCAUCCCGAUCCCAGUCCGGUCACGUCGCUCUACGCUAGACUCCUAUUGUGACCUGCGCUCCAUCCUGCUGCAGGUUCGAGACCUCGGGCUUGGUUACGACUCAGACGAGACUGUCCUCUUCAAGUACUGCAGUGGGACAUGUCCCCACGCUCGCUCCAACCAUGAUCUCACCCUUACCAACCUGCUGCUAAGCGGGAUUCUCCCUCAACCACCCCCCGGGGAGCUGUGGCACAAUGCGCCCUGCUGCAGGCCCACCCACCACGAGGACAUGGCCUUCCUCGAUAACUCGCACCGCUGGCACAAAGUGGAGAAGCUGUCGGCCGCGGGCUGCAGCUGCGUGGGCUAGGCAGCUGUGUCUAGAUGGUGGAAGCGGGAAGGUGGGAGGGGUAGGGGUGUAUGAUGGUUUGUGAGGACAAGGUGAUUCUAAGAAGACAAGUUUGCUGGCAGGUUCUCUUGUAAUAUCUGUAAAUGAAGAGUUUCAUUCCUAUAUGACGUACUGUUGAGGAAGCUGAAACCUAUUAUUUAUGUCAAAUCAAUAAGCACAAAAUUAAGCUAUUUUCCCUUUUACUUUUAGGUGGAAACCUCAUGAAUCCGGUUUGGUGAUUUGAAUGUUUUGACUUCAACUAGUGAUGUCAUGACCCUCAAUCGGAUUUGAAUUUUAUUACUUUAGGUAUUUGUAAGCUUUAAGAAAGUACUCUGAUAACUAAAAACAUUUGCCACUUUUACGUUCUGGAAAAGGGAGUUUUUCAUCUGUUAUUAUUAAUAAAUAGAUAUGGGAAAUUAGAAAUUAGCCGUUUAACUAUAAAAAACAACCAUAAUAAGUACUUUUUUAAAAUGAAAGCAUUGCUUAUAUCAACUGAUUCUGCCUUAUUCUGAAUCUUCAAAACAGUCUAAAAGGGUAAAAGUGAGCAGAGACAUGAUUCUACUACAAACUACUUGACUUUUUUGUAAAUAAGCUGGAAUGUAUUUAUUUAAAAUCUUCAGUGCAAUCUUGGGGUUAAUAAUAGAACGGUCCUGUACGAAGCUGCGUCGAUACACCUGGUGGUUUGACAAACGCAGCUGAGUGAAGUUCUUCACAAUUUAGACUUAUUUGUUAACAAUCCAGCUACAGUUUAAAAAAAAUGUAUUUAUGUAAGAUAAGUUAUUUAUUUAUUUGUUACCAUUCUUUUGUCGUGCUGAUUAACUUAUUUUGUAACGUGCCUGUUCUCUGU